AUGGGUGUGAAGAUGGCUGAAUGCGAACCUCCUCCAGUUCCCGACUUCUCUGAUUCAAUAUCCGAUUGCUCCUCGACAACUCUAUCCAUACCUAUCUCCCAGCCUCCCCUCGAACCGACUUUCCUGCCUUACUGGGCCCGUAACGAGACAAAGUGUGCCCAAAACUUAUUGGACUACUCUGACGAGCCAAUCGAAUACGAUCACGACGACGAGGACUAUCGCGACAACUGCUUCUUUUUCCCGGAAGACUGCUCGUGGACACCACCAAUAGAUUGCAUUGCAGAGGCAGAUUGUGUAUCACUGCAGGAGGAACCCGAGAUCCAGGUGGAGGAAUACACGCCUUCGAUAGGCCAGGACACCGAUAUCAACACCAACACCAUGAUUCCCGGUCUUCCCGAUAUCAAGAUGUUGGACGCGGAGGCGCUAAGCGACCUCUUGGAAGACAACCUGUCCCCGCCGGAGAUCACAACGAUCAUUGUCUUCGCAACAAAUGGCGCCGUCUUCGCCUACGGCUCCUCCCUCUCCUCGCGCCAAUUGCGCAACCUCAGCGCUACCUACGGUGCCGCUUACACAUGCUACGCCAAGACAGCCUCAAGUGGCAACCUGACGGGCGUCAACCCAGCCAGCCAUCCCUCAUCCUACGUGACUGCCAAGUCGAUGUCACUAGGUGACGUAGGCUCGAUCGUCUUCGAACUUGACGACUCCGUCGCCGUGGUAACCCGGAUCGCAGAUAAAGUCCUCGUGGCCGCCGUCGGCCCAUCCACACUAGACGCACCGGAGCCAAACGGCGGCACCAACGCCGACUCUCUCGCAGCUGAUAACGGCAUCUUUGAUGCUGGUAAUGGAACUUCUACGCCUGAGGGCUCACAGGGUGAUAUCUCGCGCACACUGGCUGCCGUGGUUGCGUCUCCGAACCCGCCUCACAAUGGUCACCAAGACCCGCAGUUUGAGAUCGACCGCAGCGCCGACCUUGCGCGUUUGGCUAGCUUGAACCUCUCCGCCUCGCCUGCUGUCUUGCUUGCGUUGGAAUCUAAAUGCGCCGCGCUAGGACGCUUCCUCGGUGAGAAGCUGGAUGAUCUGGAGAGUCCUGAGGAUUUCUGA